AUGAAGCCUCUCCUGGAGGAUUGCUUCGAUAUGUCCGAGCGAAUGACACAGCAAGAUCGAGUCAACUGUCUGAAGUGUCAAGGUCAAGCAUGUCGAUCUCCCGACGCUGCGAAGCCGAAGCACGAGAGAGAGUCACAGAGAGGCGCUGUGAUGUGUGCCAUUCCUCCACUCGAACACGACAUCGCCUAUGCGAGCUUCGAGAUUAUACGCGAGCUUGUUGCAACUGCGCCUUCGGAUGUCGUCUGCCGCUCAGGAAGGUUCUCGGUCACAAAGCUCGCCGAUCCGCUUCCUUUCCUGCGUCCCAGCUCCCACACGGUUAAGCCUUCGACGAGCUGGUUCACAAAAGUGCAGCUGCUCUCUCAUAUCAGAAGCGGGGCUGUCUUGUCAACCAUCAUAUACCUCCCAUCGCCCCACACUUGCAUGAAGCCAACGGCAGUCUCCCUACUCUCCGUGUCCACUCGUAUUGGUCGUUCAAGAGCACUUUCACCCGCGCGACCCGAUCUCUUGUCAUCUGGCGUUGGCUCAUCGAACCUCGCCUUUCGUCUUGAUCGCACAGCUAACCUCAAGCCAGCGAACUCGUUUUCCGUCGCCUCGUCAUCGUCGACCACCAGAUCGCUUUCGUCCAAGUGCGGCUGCAGCAUCGACACCAUGGCAUCAUCAAACAAGCCCGGUCCAUCGGGUACCGAGCCCACCAAGACGCCCGUCUACAUCCAGGAGGUGACGCCCGAAAUCACCACAUUCGACUACCCCUUCAGUCGCUUCGGCAUCCUGCCUAUCGGAGGUCGCAGCAUCGCCAUUAAGAUGCGCGACGGUCGACUGUGGAUCGUCCCCUCUACGCCUCUGGACCAGCCCACCAAGGCCAAGAUCGACGCCCUGGGCGAGGUGGCUUACCUCGUCGCGCCGGAUAACGUGCAUCACUUGUUUCUCAAAGACUUCCACGCGGCUUAUCCAUCUGCCAAGGUGGUAGGCACCGAAGGUCACGAGGAGAAGCGACCCGAUGUCAAAUUCACCGGCAUCUACGGCAAGGAUCCGCCCACCACCCAGUACGGCUACGAAUCGGAGCUGGUGCCGCAGUACUUCCCCACGUUCGCCAACAGGGACGUCGCAUUUCUGCACAAGGACAGCAAGACGCUCAUCACAGCGGAUCUGCUGUUCAACCUGCCGUGCAACCAGCAGUACCGCAACACACCGUCGGGCAAAGCAACGUCGUGGAUUCCAGGCAUCAUCUGGUUCUCAAAGCUGUUCAACCCUUAUGCCGCCUUCCACAAGACCUUCCUGGGCACAGCGGGUAUCGCGAAUGGCAUCCCCGGUGUAGCCAAGGGUGGAUCUACGGAGGAGAGGAAGAAGAACUUUGCCGAUGCGGCGUCGACGGUGGCUCAGUGGGACUUCCGACGCAUCAUCAUGCUGCACGGCGAUAUUAUCGAGAACAAUGGUCAGGAAGCUUGGAAAGCAGCAUUUAGCAAGUAUGUUAAUGCCGAUGGCAGCUCCAAGUUCAAGUCGUCGUGA